UUCCAUUUCUCUCUCAUAUAUCUUCAUUCUCUUUUUUUUCCUAUUGUGUACUAUAAACCACCCUUCUUUUAUCUCUUUGGAGUACCCUAAAAACACAGAGGCCAUUGAAAAGUUUGUCAUCUCUUAAACCAAGAAUUGAAAACAUGGGGAGAGGAAGAGUAGAGUUGAAGAGAAUAGAGAAUAAAAUUAACAGACAAGUUACUUUUGCUAAGAGAAGAAAUGGAUUGCUUAAAAAAGCUUAUGAACUUUCAAUUCUUUGUGAUGCUGAAGUUUCUCUUAUUAUCUUCUCUAAUCGUGGCAAGCUUUAUGAGUUCUGUAGCAGCUCUAGCAUGUUGAAAUCACUUGAAAGGUACCAGAAAUGCAGUUAUGGUGCACUUGAAGCUAGCAACCCAGGGAACGAAACACAGCAGGGCAAUUAUCAGGAAUAUCUGAAGCUAAAAGCUAGAGUUGAGGUCCUACAGCGAUCCCAAAGGAACCUACUUGGGGAAGAUUUGGCUCCCUUGAACACCAAGGAGCUUGAGCAGCUUGAACUUCAACUGGAGACAUCCCUUAGGCAAAUUAGGUCAACUAAGACUCAAUUUAUGCUCGACCAGCUAACUGAUCUUCAGAACAGGGAGCAAUUGCUUCUUGACGCCAACAAAGCCUUGAGAAGGAAGUUGGAUGAAUGCAAUGCACAAGUUCCGCUCCGACUAGCAUGGGAAGCUGGCGGUCACAACGUGCAAUAUAACCGCCUUUCCGUUCAAUCAGAAGGCUUCUUCCAGCCUCUGGGAAACAAUUCCAAUCUUCAAAUUGGGUACAGUCCAAUGGGUGGGGAGGAGGUUAAUGUUGCAGGUGGCCAUACACAACAUGUCAAUGGAUUCAUUCAUGGCUGGAUGCUUUGACCUUUAUAUAUAUAUAUAUAUAUAUAUAUAUAUAUAUAUAUAUAUAUAUAUAUUACCAAUAUAAAGUGAUUAAUUAUGUCACAUUUAAUAAGAUCACCAUAUAUAUAUAUAUAUUAUUAUUACAUAAGAUUUUAAUUUAAGCUUAUUUUGAACUAAUGCCUACCUUUUUAUGGUACAGUGAUCUGUACGUAUUAAAUAUAGAUAGUUAACUUGUAAUAAUCACUGACGAUAAUUAAAUGUUUGUAAGGUGUCAUAGACUCAUAGCAUUAUCAAAAGGCAUGCAUAUGUUGUCUUUAUUAAUUUAUAUGUUGCGUGGUGCACGAAUUGUAUUUUUUUUCAUACUAUAAUUAAGGCCGUAAUGCAAGAAUAAUUAUGUGUUAUUUA